GUGUCAUGUUAUCGUGGAGAGAAGUAAUUUAUACCAAUGUACACUUUGAAUUUGCUGUCUGCCACAGUUGAUACUUUCCAGAUUUGCUGUGAAGACAGGCAGAGGGCUUAAAGUAAGAAGGGGAAAUGGACACCUCCACGUUGACGGAAGUGAAUGGCGUUUUUCGUCCUAUGUCACCCAUGCCGUCGGAAGUGGCUUGUGAAAACGAUAGGACCUCCGCCGGCGUCAUCUCCGUAAAAGACGUGUCGUACACAGUGAAAGAAUGGAUGGGGCCAUGGUGGAAGGGUUUGUGCUUCAGAGAACGUCGGCAACGGAAGGUGCUCAAGAACAUUUCAAUGCUACUGGAGAGUGGGAAGAUAACAGCUAUCAUUGGAAGUUCUGGGUCUGGAAAAACGUCAUUGCUUGAUGUAAUAUCCUGUCGUGGAGAGGGGGAAAUGAGUGGGGAGAUCUGUUUCCGGAACCGGAAGUGUACAGGUAGUCUGAUGAAGACGUAUGCCAGUUAUGUCAUGCAAGCAGACCGACUGCUUCCGAACUUAACUGUCCGAGAGACCCUCAGAUACACGGCGUACCUGAAACUCCCCGGUGGUACCAGCAAGGCGGAUGUUGAGGAAAAGGUGCAGAAAGUCCUCAUGGACAUGGGACUUCGUAAUGUUGCCGACAGCCGCAUAGGUGGCGCUAUCAUCAGGGGUAUUUCUGGCGGCGAGAAAAGACGUGUCACUAUCGCACUGCAGCUGCUUCAGGACCCUGAGAUUCUCCUCUUGGACGAGCCCACCACUGGGCUAGACAGCUACACGGCACGUUACCUUGUGUCCAACUUGGCGGACAUAGCACACAGAGGGAAGAUUGUUGUCCUUACCAUCCAUCAGCCUCGUUCUGACAUUUUUAAGCUGCUCGAUCAAGUCGCCAUCUUGUCUCUCGGUGAACUGGCCUACUUUGGGAAAGUUGACAAUCUUGUACCGUACUUCACAAAUCUUGGUUACCCAUGUCCAAAAUACGCCAAUCCUCUUGAUGAAUACAUUGACGUGUCAAGCGUUGACAGGCGAACACCGGCUAGCGAGGAGUUCACGCUCAAACGAGUUCGCCACAUUGUGAACACCCAUACUGAGUCGGAGGCAUUCAACGAAAUGAGACACAACAUUGCCGAUUCCGUCGCCCGCUCAGCAAUGGUCAAGCCUGGCUACUGGACAGGUCACACGGGUGCAGGCACUCUCAGAGUACUGUGGGUUUUGCUCAAUCGGAUGCAUACAAAUCUAAGCCGGGACCGGAGCUCCUUUAUGUGGCGUCUGACAAUGCUGCCCAAUUUUGUGUUGUUCGUGGUGAUCUUCCUGGGGCGCUUGCAGUACAACCAGAAGAGUGUGCAGGACAGGACGGGGCUGCUGUACCAGUGUGUCAGUGUACCGCCCUGGGUCGCCAUUGUCAAUGUCAUCGGACUGUUUCCCUCUAUCCGAGAAGUAUACUACAGAGAAAGUAGAGACGGUCUCUAUUCGUCCUUCACCUUCCUGACAGCAUAUGCCCUGCACGUGCUUCCUUUCUGUAUGGUCUCAAGUGCUGUGUUUGCCACGCUCAUAUACUGGAUAUCUGGCAUGAACUCUGACCCGGUGUUGUUUGGGGAGUUCCUGGCUGUCGUCUUCAUCCUUCACUACGGUGGGGAGCUACUCACAGUGUCUAUGAUGGGAUUGUACUUUGAUCCCCAGCUCGCCAACAACACCACCGCCCUCAUCUGCUCGGCAUCAACCGUGCUUGCCUCUGGAUUCCUCAGGACCCUGGACAAUCUUCCCGAGCCCCUGAAAUGGCUGAGUUGGGGAACCAUACAGAAGUAUGCCAGUGAAAUAUAUGUGGCCAACGAGUUUCACAACCUCAACCUGACGUGUGAUGACAGCAGCAAAUUCGUGCCUUGUGUGUUUCCCAACGGAGAUCGGUACUUGGAACUCUUCUACCCAGAAGCUUUGGGGAAUAUCAAAAGAAACUUCGGCGCCAUCACGGGCUUCCUUGGUGGGUUCUUCCUCCUGGCGUGCAUUACCUACAAAGUUAGAGGUACCCCUAACUUACAUUAGAAUUGGGAUUACCCACCAAAGCAAUUCUAGGAAACGGAUGAAGGAUAUGUAAAGUUUGGAGGAAGUAUCUUUGGCGUUCAAUGCCAAAAAAACCGUAACGGCAACUAGUAGGUUCAUGCCAGUUGGCAGUCCUAGCAAGUUUGAUUAAAUAAAUUCAAACCCGGAUUUGUGAGUGAGAAACGCAAAGUAUAUUGUCCACCAAUCGAGAAGGCAGUGGUGUAUCUUAUAAUACAAAUAGAAUGUCUUAUUUUGACAUAUGUCACUUAUCACAACGUCUAGACCUGCACUGACAACUGAGAAUGGGUCUUGACUGGGUCCAAUUUAAGUCCUGUCAAUAAUAUCGAUGCAAACAUCUAGCACAAGCAAGUUAGCUUGGCAUUUUCAUAAUGAUGCAUGAUCAUGAUACUGUAAUGAUUCGUCAUCAUUUGCAAGUGAACACGACGAAAAAUAUAUUUUGGCAUUAAAACAUUGGCAUCCGCGUACAAAACUGUUCAUGGCAUAUAUCGUACUGUUCUGUUAAACGCAAAUUAAUAAUGCCCGACGUCCAGAGUACCAAAGGGGUUUGACAUCCCACAUCAAUGGCAAGAAAUAAAGGAAAUGUUUCAGAGAAAGCACAAAUUUAGUAUGAACGUAUGGUGUUGUAUCCAAGGGAGGUUACAGCAAUGUUGUGAAAACCAGUUGAAUAUUACACGUCCCAAUUGUUUUGUUGAUUUGAGAACUUUGUACUGGACAUAGCAUGUAAGUAUUUUUCUGCAUUUGUUUACCAAACCGUACCUAAUUUAACCUGAGUUGUCUAACUGAUACUGACAUGUACAUAUAUGUUUUCUAUCAACUUAUUUUCUGUUACCUGUAUUUGUCAUCAUGAAUUUUAUUAAAUCACACUCACUCAAAACAGUCGAAUCAAACGAUUGCUUAAUUCGUAGAGUUUACUCUGUGACAUGCUUUACUGAUUCAUUUUGUGUAUAAAUGCUACGUGACUGUUAUGAAUGUGUUGAUAUACAUGUGGUUAAAAUGUAGUUCCAGGCAGGGAACAUAUGCAAUGCAGAUCAAUGCAAAGUUUUAUCUUUAAGAUGAGAGAACCGUUAUAUCUCUUACUGUUUUUAUCAGUUUCUGUUUAUUUCAUUUCCAGUUUCUAAUAUCGCAUCUACAUUUGUCUUUUAUAGAUUUUGGAUUAUUUCAUACCAUGUCAUGACAUGCGAUAUUUAUAAUGCCCUAGCAAUGCAAUUUAUAUACACUAUACUUUUUAUAUAGGCGUUUUAAUACGUAACCUUAUGUAACAAUUAUUGAAUAUAUGUUUUAUGUCAUUCCAAUGCAAUGCUUCAGUUACUUUUUAAUGUAUCGAGGUUCAGCCCUCAGCCUUUGCUUUUUUGAACGAAUUAUGCCGGUCCUCGCCGUUAAUUAGCCACAGAAAUGACUGCGCUGAAUUAUUAUAUGCUUCCGUCAAUAAGUUUUUCAAUCGAGGAUGUGCCUUGAAUGUUUUAAUCAAUAUCGCAUGGCCGUUUACAUGUUGAUUUUUACGUUUAAAUUGUGAUUUACAGGUUUACAUAGUCGACUGCUAUGUUCAAUUACUUGGUUUACUAUUGAUAUUUCCCCCGAUGAUGUAUAUGAAUAUUGAGGUUUUCUUCAUUCCAUACAUGUAGCAUGCCAAUAUUCAAUAUUUCAAGAUGAUAAUUUGUUUUAAUAGCAUCUUAAGCUAUAUCACGACGCUACAGUAUCUGUCAUUACAUUUUCUAUAGACAACAUCUUUUUUUUAUCAUCGGCUUUAACAGAAUGACAAAGUAAACUUUUAUACCAUUCCUAACCCACGUUCGUCAAAUCCUUAAUGAGUCUGUAUUUACCUCCUGUACUAUUUGCAUAUUCUUUCUGUAGCUACGUACAUACAUGUAUUGGUGGUGUAUUUAAGGCCUAAGGUAUCUACUGAAAUGAUUUUAUGUUCACUCCGAAAAUCGAUUCUUCAAAGCAUAUUUCGAGUGUAUAUUUUCAAAUCGGUUGAGACAUUCUUUGAGAAAAUGUCAAUGAAAAUUACUUAUUACAUUGUAACGUCGUUUGGUGACGUUGGAAUAUCGUAAAGACGUUAGAAAAUGGGGGAAAGGCAUAAAAUAUUAUCAGACAUUAUGAUUAUAUAACAACGUUUUAUCCUUAUAUGGUUCAGAACUUGAAACUGUUAGAAACUCCCGGAACCUGGAGCAUUUAAAUACACAUUAAAUCCAUAAGUUUUCCAUUUGAGACAUUUGAUUUAAUCAUUCUAGAAUUUCAAACUAAUCUUCCUAAUUAUGAAGAUAUGAAACUUUUUAUGGAUGACAACUUUUAUAUCAGUUGUCAGUGCUUCUUCAUGUCUCAUCACUAAUUGUCAGUUGGAGGCCUUUACAGCCAUAUGUAUGUAGUCUUACUAUAUGUGUUUUUAGUCCAUAUGCCUUGACAAUGCAAUUUCCAUGUGUAACGUAACUCAUAGUUCGAAUCCAUAUUCGGAAGAUUGGUAUAACAAAGCAACGCAAUAUCACUGUAUUCAUGCUGAGUAUUACAUUUGUAAAUGUUUAACACGGCGGAUGCUGUAUUUCUCAGAUCAAAGUUAAUAUAAAAAAAAGUUAAAAUCUG